CGGAGGAUGGGGACCACCCGACGGCCCUUCGCGUGAAAGAGGCCUAGAGGGGCGUGUCACCCCAUUCCGGGGCGGCCGCCCCGGGCUGGCGGGGGAGGGGCCUUGCCAUCCCCCGCCCGGCCGAGACGCUUGGUCGUGGCCCCGGCGUGGGGGGUGGAGGGGGAGGAUGCAGAGCCGGCGGGGAGACCCCCGGUGCAGGUGCACCGGGUGAGAGGCGCGAGGUGGGGUGGUCGCGAGCUGCCCUCGGCCCCCGCCGGCUGGGCCCCGGCAGUAUUGCCGCAGACCCUCCUGUUUGCAUCCUGUGACCAUCAUUGGGGUGCGGGUGCGAGACGGGGGACAGGUGACCCUGCAGCCCCGACCUGGACAGCUGAAUCCCAGGGCACAGCCCUGUCCUUUUAAAGAAAUUGUUACUGGGAUUCAUUUUAUUUUAUUUUUUAUUGUCAUUUUGAUUUUUUUAAAACCUUGCCCCAGGCAUGGCUCCCAAGAGCCCCCUUGGGCCUGCAAGGACUGACCCCCACCCUGGCCACCGGGGCCCGCCCUCUGCAUCUCGCGGGCAGCCUGCGUGAAAGCCCGGCCCCUCCCCCCCAUGGAGGAGGAAGAGGAGGAGGAGGAGGGGAGGGCGGUGGUGGUAGCCAAGGAGUGGGGCCCGAGCCCCUCGGGACCGGUGUGGACCGCUGUGUUCGACUACGAGGCGGUGGGCGACGAGGAGCUGACCCUGCGGAGAGGGGACCGCGUGCAGGUGCUUUCCCAGGACUGUGCGGUGUCCGGCGAUGAAGGCUGGUGGACCGGGCAGCUGCCCAGCGGCCGUGUGGGUGUCUUCCCCAGCAACUACGUGACCCCUGCUGCCCCAGCCGCACCCGCGAGCCUUCAGCUGCCCAGGGAGAUACCUUUCCAAGAGCUGCAGUUGGAGGAGAUCAUCGGCGUCGGGGGCUUUGGCAAGGUCUAUAGGGCCCUGUGGCAUGGCGAGGAGGUCGCCGUCAAAGCUGCCCGGCUGGACCCUGAGCGGGACCCAGCAGUGACAGCGGAACAGGUGCGCCAAGAGGCCCGGCUCUUUGGAGCUCUGCAGCACCCGAACAUCAUUGCUCUGAGGGGCGCCUGCCUCAACCCCCCAAACCUCUGCCUGGUGAUGGAGUAUGCUCGCGGAGGUGCACUGAACAGGGUGCUGGCAGGUCGCCGGGUGCCCCCUCAUGUACUGGUCAACUGGGCCGUGCAGGUGGCCCGGGGCAUGAACUACCUACACAAUGAUGCCCCCGUGCCCAUCAUCCACCGGGACCUCAAGUCCAUCAACAUCCUAAUCCUGGAGGCCAUUGAGAAUCACAACCUGGCAGACACAGUGCUCAAGAUCACAGACUUCGGCCUCGCCCGUGAGUGGCACAAGACGACCAAGAUGAGCGCCGCGGGGACCUACGCCUGGAUGGCCCCUGAGGUUAUCCGUCUGUCCCUCUUCUCCAAAAGCAGCGACGUCUGGAGCUUCGGGGUGCUGCUCUGGGAGCUCCUGACGGGUGAGGUUCCCUACCGAGAAAUCGACGCCUUGGCCGUGGCAUAUGGCGUGGCCAUGAACAAGCUGACGCUACCCAUCCCCUCCACAUGCCCCGAGCCCUUUGCCCGCCUACUGGAGGAAUGCUGGGACCCCAACCCACAUGGGAGACCAGGUUUCGGCAGCAUCUUGAAGCGGCUUGAAGUCAUCGAACAGUCUGCCCUGUUCCAGAUGCCUCUGGAGUCCUUCCACUCUCUGCAGGAGGACUGGAAGCUGGAGAUCCAGCACAUGUUCGACGACCUCCGGACCAAGGAGAAGGAGCUGCGCAGCCGCGAGGAGGAGCUGCUGCGAGCCGCCCAGGAGCAGCGCUUCCAGGAGGAGCAGCUGAGGCGGCGGGAGCAGGAGCUGGCCGAGCGCGAGAUGGACAUCGUGGAGCGCGAGCUGCACCUGCUCAUGUCCCAGCUGAGCCAGGAGAAGCCCAGAGUGCGCAAGCGCAAGGGCAACUUCAAGCGCAGCCGCCUGCUGAAGCUGCGGGAAGGCGGCAGCCACAUCAGCCUGCCCUCGGGCUUCGAGCACAAGAUCACAGUACAGGCCUCCCCAACUCUGGACAAGCGGAAAGGAUCCGACGGGGCCAGCCCGCCUGCCAGCCCCAGCGUCAUCCCCCGGCUGAGGGCCAUUCGCUUGACUCCCGUGGACUGUGGUGGUGGCACCGGAGGCAGUGGGACCUGGAGCCGCAGUGGGCCCCCAAAGAAAGAAGAACUGGUUGGAGGCAAGAAGAAGGGCCGGACGUGGGGCCCCAGUUCUACCUUGCAAAAGGAGCGGGCUGGAGGAGAAGAGAGGCUCAAAGCCCUGGGGGAGGGAAGCAAGCAGUGGUCCUCCAGUGCCCCCAACCUCGGCAAGUCCCCCAAGCACACCCCCAUGGCCCCCGGCUUUGCCAGCCUCAAUGAGAUGGAGGAGUUCGCGGAGGCCGAGGGAGGCAGCAGCGUGCCCCCGUCCCCCUACUCCACCCCGUCCUACCUCUCCGUGCCCUCCCCGGGCGCCUGGGAGCCGCCCCCGCCGCCCGCCCGCCCGGGGCCCUGCGCUCGGCGGCGCUGCGACCUGGCCCUGCUGGGCUGCGCGUCGCUGCUGGGCGCCGUGGGCCUGGGCGCCGACGUGGCCGGGGCGCGGGCGGCCGGGGCCGGGGCGGACGAGGAGCAGCGGCGCUGGCUGGACGGGCUCUUCCCCCGCGCCGGCCGCUUCCCGCGGGGCCUCAGCCCGCCCGGGAGAGCGUCCUCCGCGGGCCCGGGGCCCCCGCCGGGCCUGGCGAGCUCGGCCACCGCGGCGUCGCUGUCCUCCGUGUCCGACUGCAACUCCACGCGCUCCCUGCUGCGCUCCGACAGCGACGAGGCGGCGGCCGCCGCGCCCUCCCCGCCGCCCUCCCCGCCGCCCGCGGCCCCCGCGCCCGGCGGCAACCCCCUGGUGGACCUGGAGCUCGAGAGCUUCAAGAGGGACCCCCGACAGUCGCUCACGCCCACCCACGUCACCGCCGCGCGCGCCGUGAGCCGGGGACACCGGAGAACGCCUUCGGACGGGGCGCUGGGGCAGCGCGGACCGGUGGAGCUCCUGGGCCCGGGCCCUCGAGACCCCCUGGAUUUUCCCCGCCUGCCUGAUCCCCAGGCCCUGUUCCCCUGCCGACGCCGGCCCCCAGAGUUCCCUGGCCGUCCCACCACCCUGACCUUCACCCCAAGACCCCGGCCAGCUGCCAGUCGCCCCCGCCUGGACCCCUGGAAACUGGUCUCCUUUGGCCGGACGCUCAGCAUCUCGCCUCCCAGCAGGCCAGAUACACCGGACAGCCCCGGGCCCCCUAGCGUGCAACCCACGCUGCUGGACAUGGACAUGGAGGGGCAGAGCCAGGACAACACUGUGCCCCUGUGUGGGGCCUAUGGCUCUCACUGAGGCCUGCCCACCACCGCCCGCCUGGGCAGCCAUGAAUGUAGCGCCCCAGGCCCCGCCACAGCCCGCCAUGCUCCACGGCGGGGGAGGUCCUGGGCAGGGUACUCACUAUUUAUUGGGGAAUAGGGAGGGGACACUUAAUUUAUUCCUUUGUACCCCAGGGGGUGGAGCCCUGAGCCCACCCUGCAGUGGGGGGAGGGUGGGCAGGGACACUCAGGGACAGGGCAUCGUGGGGGGUUGGCACAAAGCAGCAUUAAAGGUAACCCCUGCCCCUGCCA